AUGUCGUUAAAAGUUGCAUAUGAGGAAACAACACACUCGCAACCAGACUCCCAGGAUGCGGGUAGUUCUGCCGGACCUACGCUCAAAUUAUCCGAUCGCUUAGCUGAUGAGAGCUACAAGCUCUUUUCAAAGGUGCAAGUAUCAGAUCCAACGCCAGAAGAAGCCCGGAAAAUUCGCAACAAAUGCCUAUGGAGAAUACUUCCAUUUCUUUGCAUCGGAUAUCAUCUGAUGUAUGUUGAUAAACAAACACUAGGAAGCUCAGCCAUAUUAGGCAUCCUUGAAGAUGCACAUUUGAACGCGAGCCAAUAUAAUUGGCUCUCUUCAAUAUUUUAUUUCGGCUACAUGGUAGCUGAAUGGCCACAGAAUUGGGCUCUUCAACGUUUCCCUGUUGGAAAAUGGUUAGCUGGGAAUCUCAUAGUAUGGGGUGGUAUAACGUUACUACAUAUUCCUUGUAAUAACUUUGCGUCGCUCUUCGUCGUCCGCUUCCUACUGGGGUUGAGCGAAGCUUGUAUAGUUCCUGCGUUUUUGCUCUCCAUGUCCAUGUUUUUCACAUAUCAGGAACAAGCCAUCAUGAUGUCAGUCAUGUGGUCCAUUGGCAAUUCCAGUCCAAUCACUUCUGGCUUUCUCUCAUAUGGCGUCUUAUGGAUCAAGACCGGGUCAUUUCACCCUUGGAAAUGGCUUAUGGUCAUUACUGGUGUUUUGACCAUCAUUUUCGGCAUUUUGGUGUAUCUGUUCUUUCCUGACAGCCCACUUCACGCGAAAUUCCUCACAUACGAAGAACGGGCUCAAGCAGUUUUGAGGAUAAAGGAGAACAAUUCUGGUAUUGAGAAUAAGCACUUCAAAAAGCAUCAAUUCAUCGAAGCAGUGAAGGAUCCCAAGACAUGGCUGUUUGCCUUGCAUGCACUCUCUCAAGAGAUGGGCAACGGAAUUAACAACCAGACAUCGUUAAUUAUUAACUCGUUUGGGUUUACUGUUUUCCAGACAACGCUACUUAGCACUGUAUCUGGCGUCAUAGCCUUUUUCACGCUCUCGGCAGCUGCGAUUACAUCAUACAAAACUCGGAACGCCCGAGCUUGGAUAUCACUUGUGGCAUACAUACCUGCCGUGAUUUCCAGCAUUCUUCUGUUGGCUUUGCCAUGGUCCAAUCGCUGGGGUCUCAUAGUGGGCGUUUGGUUGCGGUAUACAACUGGCGUACCGUAUGCCGUUGUCAUGAUAUGGGCCGCCAAUGCUUCCGCUGGUCAUACAAAGAAGACGACCGUCAUUGCUCUCUAUCAUAUCGGGUACGGAUUGGGAAAUAUUAUUUCGCCUCAGCUGUUUGAGCCUCGAUGGAAACCUCGAUAUAAACCCACGUGGAUCAUUUUAUUGAUCUUCUCUGCGAUUCUUCCUUCAAUCGUUAUCGGCAUCCUUCGAGUGUACUUAUCGCGUGAGAAUAAACGUCGUGACAAGCUCGAAGCGGAAAACGUUGUUGCCAGAAACGGAUUUGUGGAAACUAUAACUACUGACGGAAGCAAAGUUGUCCAUGAAGUAGAUACUAAUCAGCUGGAUUUGACGGACAGAGAAAAUCUCAAAUUGUAA